AUGUUCCCUAUUGCUUUUCUCCGUUUCCACAUGUUGAAAUUAUGUUUCUUCAUCUGUCUGAUGUGCUGGGUGAAAUCAGAUGAGGAGAAAAACUGUCCUGAAUUUACAGGCCUUAAUAUAGGCAAUGCUUUGACUGGAACAAAUCUUGAAGUCCAACUACUGCUAUACACAAGGGAAAAUCCAGAUUGCUCAGAGAAACUCAGUGAACAUAAUAUUACAGCAUCUCAGCAUCUUAAUACCUCCAAGAAAAUUGUCUUUGUUAUUCAUGGCUUCAGACCAACAGGAUCUUCACCAGUAUGGCUAGGUGACAUAAAGACCCUUUUACUGACUUCAGAGGAUAUCAACCUCAUUAUAGUUGAUUGGAAUCGAGGUGCUACAACUCUGAAUUAUAAUACUGCUGUUGAAAACACCAGGAAAGUUGCAAAAAUACUGAAGAACUAUGUUGACCAGAUGCUGGUGAAUGGAGCUUCUCUUGGCUCUGUGCAUAUGAUUGGAGUUAGUCUUGGGGCUCAUGUAGCUGGUUUUGUUGGCAAGAAGUAUAAUGGCAAACUUGGCAGAAUUACAGGUCUUGAUCCUGCGGGUCCUUUAUUCUCUCAAGAACCACCAGAAGGGAGAUUGUAUCAUACUGAUGCACAAUUUAUUGAUGUAAUUCAUACGGAUAUUGAUGCACUAGGUUUCAGGAAACCUUUAGGAACCAUCGAUUUCUAUCCGAAUGGAGGAAUGGAUCAGCCUGGUUGUCCAAAAACAGUAUUCAGUGGAUUUCAGUAUUUUAAAUGUGAUCAUCAGAGAUCUGUCUUCCUCUUCCUAUCAUCCUUGAAAAGCAGAUGCAAUAUAACAGCAUAUCCUUGUGACUCAUACUUGGAUUACAAGAGAGGAAAAUGUGUUGAUUGUAACGCUUUUCAACCGAUGUCCUGUCCUGUACUGGGUUAUUAUGCUGAUAGAUGGAAAGAACUCUUAAUACAAAAUAGCUUGCCAACAAAAGCUUAUUUUGAUACUUCGGACCAUGACCCAUUCUGCAUGUAUAAUUACUUAUUGGAUAUUAUUACCUGGAAUAAAAAUAUUAGGAGAGGUUUCAUCAGAGUUAAAAUAACAGAUUAUACUGGAAAGACAGUAGAAUCAGAAAUGGAUAGUGAGGCUGCAACAUUUCAGCAAUACAGAAGAGUCAAAAUACUAACUGGGUUUUACCAGAAUUUUGGCAAAAUAUCAAGAAUUUCCUUGACCUUUUCUACAAAGACUUUAAUAGGACCAAAAUAUAAGCUCAGAAUUCUCCAGAUGAGGCUAAAAUCUCUUAAUGAUCCAGAAAGGCUGCAGCUGUGCAGAUAUGAUUUUGUAUUGGUGGAGAACACUGAACUGACCUUCAAGCCUAUCCCAUGCCAAGAGAGUGAUGUGAAAAAAAAGAGAACUUACUACUGACUUAAUUUCUCUUACAGAAGUGACAUUUUGAUUCUUUCUCAGGAUAAAACUGCAACAACGCAGGAAAUGAGAUAAGCUAGAUUUAUUUUCAAGAAUUUAUGUGGUGAUAUUUAUUACUUCCUUUGAGUGGCUUGGAGUGAAGUUCAUUGGAAAGUUCAGAUAUCUGUAUAUUUGGGAAAUUUGAAUAAAACAAGUGUAACAUAGCAGAGAACAUGCAAUGGUUUAUUAGUUAUAAUUUGUUGGGGUGAGGGGACUACUGAAUUAAAUAUGAAUUAUCUGCAUAAUCUUGGCACAUUAUUUAU